AUGGCCUUGCUUGCCAGGCUAUCCAAAGAUCAGAUCACGACUGACCAGAUGGUGUACGGUUCCUCUCUUGCGGCUUGCGCACGAAUCGGUGUGUGGAGACAGGCCCUUGCCCUCCUUCACGGCUUGCCCAUGAAACACAUGCAAGCAGAUGUAGUCAGCAUCAGCUCGGCAGUGACGGCAUGCGGGAAUGCUGGCUACUGGCGGCGAACACAUGCCAUUGCAAGCGGUUUGUGGGAGCGAAACGUCAGACCAAACACGAUCACUUUCAAUGCUGCAGUUGCUGCUGGUGAGAGGCUUGGACAUUGGCAGACGGCUAGAGCUUUCCUCCGGCACAUGCACCUGAACCUUCUGCAGGCAGACUCAAUCACUUUCAAUUCUACGACGAGUGCCUGUGGAAGAACUGGGACAUGGAUUCGUGCUGUUGAGCAGGUAGAUGUGUUUAGGCAGCAACAGUUGCAGGCAGACGUGAUCACGACCAACUCUGUGACCAGUGCCUUCGAGAAGUGCGGAGAAUGGCAGCAAGCCCGUUCGCAGUUCGGGGAGAUGCGAUGUCAGCAGGUACAGCCAGAUUUGACCACUCACAAUUGCCUGGCCAGUGCCUGCGAGAAGGCCAGCAAAUGGGAAGAUGCGAAGCUGAUGUUUUUGAAGCUGGAGACGGGCAAUCUUAAAGCUGACGUGUUCAGCUAUGGUGCUGUGCUGGGAGCAUGCGAGAUGCAUGGAGUCUGGGUGCAGGCUUUGCUAUUUCUUGGACAACUGCAGAGCUGCGAGCUGAAGUUGAACAACAUCAUCGUAAAUUCCUUCAUCAGCACCUGCGAGAAGGGUGCUGCCUGGCACCAUGCCCAGCUUCUGCAUUGUGAGAUGGACCGGCACAUCCUCCAGGCAGAUGUAGUGACAUACAAUGCUGUGAUCAGCACAUAUCAGAAGUGUGCGAAGUGGCAACAUGCCUUCUUCUUGAUGCAGAGGUUAAAGGACGAGCAGCUCAAGCCCGACGUGAUCUCUUAUAGCUCGCUCAUCAGCGCAUAUGAGCAGGCCGGACAGUGGGAUAAAGCCUUAUUUCAUCUACACGAAGCUCAGGAAAGGCUGGUACAAAUCAACAUCCUUACCUGCAAUGCGGCCAUUGGCUCGUGUGAGAAGGGUGGAACCUGGUAUAUUGCGUACUUUCUACUUAUAUCUUUGAUCGAACAGCAGCUUCGAGCUGAUGUUGUCGCUCAUGCUUCAGUUGCUGCAGCUUGCUCAAGUGCAGGAGAAUUCAGGGUAGCUUUGCCAUUGUUGCAUGCCGUCGAUGUCAAUUGCAAGCUGAAGUUGAGAAUCGCCGUGGCGGUAGCAUCGGAACAAGGUUGUCGAAAAGCACUGCACGACAGCGCAUGA